GACACCGAUGGAGAGGCGGAGCCACGGAGUAGAGUACGGACGCAAAAGACGUAACAGGAGGGGGCGUGGUCGUAGUCCACAUACGUACUGUGAACGUGUGGGCGCUGCCCGUGCGUGGGGCGUGGCUUUGCCGCUCUGAGGGACGCCCAGAAGACGGUCUAGCCGGAAAAUGGGUUGGGCCCAGGCUUCGGAGGGCAGGGGCGGGACCAAGCUAGCGCGCAGGUGCGUGACCGCCGCUGGAGGCCCGGAGAGACGGCAGCAGAGUUGCCACUGGGGACCGUGGCCGGGGCGGGGCAUUCGGAUUGUUGCAGACUUGGGUCGGGCCAACGGGGGCGUGACGUGCAUGAGUGAAGUGACGUGACUCGGCGUGACGACGUAGCAAGACGGAGGGGGCGUAACCAAGAUGGCCGCGCGCAUGAACCUCUGAUUUCGGUAACGGGUGGAGGAGUUCUCGUUCUGGGUAAGGUCCGGCGGGGAUAUGGAGUGCGGGAGGCAGGAGGGCUUAUGUUACCAGAGGGAACAGGGACCCUCCCCUACACACGGCCACGCGAUGCGAUGGGUACCGGAGCCGGGACAGCUGUUGGCCCGGCGAGGACGGCCACAGUCCAGGCGUCACUUCAAUGAAGAAUGGUGGGGAGGGGGCAGGAAGUCGCCCCUUCCCGACUCUACCUCUGUUUCUCCAUUCUGGGGGUCACUAGACAUCUACACCUCCUUAGGGCUCUGUCCAUCUAAAGGUAGAAUAGCUGUCUCAAGUAAUUUGACUGCUGAGGGGGUUGCAGUUCCAGAAACCAAGACGCAGCAAGCUGGGACUCAAACUGCAUUGUUGAUCUCUCUCCUGACAAUGCCAGACGCUAUGGACAGAUUCAAAGCCACCCUCCGGGCAGGAGGUCAGCAGCAUACCUGUGCCAUGUAGACAGCUCAGAGCCUUCUCUACUCCACAAUUCUUUCUUCUAUUCUUUUUCUUUUCUGCCCCGCUUGGGAGCUGGAGGGAAAAACCCUACAAAAUACGAACGUCGUUGGUGGCUAUGAUUGUUUGUGGCAUGAGUUUAAAGCUACUGCCCUGAGGAUGCCGGAACUAGUUAUUUAUCAGUGUAAUUGCCUCUCGUUAGUUUUGCUGAGAAAGUUUGAGAAAUAUGGGGAGAUAACGAAGCUGUGUACACCUUAAUUUGGGUAGGAUUUAAUCUCUGUCAGACAUUGAAAACCACAUUACUUCAUGUUUUCCUUUUAUCCUUUAUUAACAAUCUCAUCAUCUCCAUUUUGCUAUUUAAAAGUCUUACUGGAACAUGGAGAUAAGUCAGAAAUCUCUGGUGAGAAAACCUGCCCCACACCCUACCCAUAAGCUGCACCUGCACAUUCCACAGACAGGUCACUGUUCUCAGCCUGCAUUGGAGUCUACAGUAAACUGAGGUUAACCUGACUUACCCUCCUUUUUGGCCUCUGGUAAAGAACUGCAGUGUUCUUGAAUGUUUUGGAAGUGAAAACUUUUCAGCUUUCUAGGGCUUUCCUCUUUCAUUCAGAAAUUGUAAACUCGGUACUAGGACUGAAAUUCACCUGAAGGCCCAAAGCAGCAACGGUGAGUAGGAAUUAUCUAGGCACGAGGGAGGGAGAGUCGUCCAGGGAAAAAGGAGUAUCUGCCCGGGCUGGAGAGAGGAUCCACAGUUGAACGAAUUAAAGUCCAUGUGGCUGGUGUUCAGGCUGGAGCUGGAAGUGGACGUGACAGACAGUAAAUGAGCCUAUCAUCCUCGAGUGAUCACUGAGCUUGAGGAACUAGAGUGGAUAAACUAUGGACACUCAUUUAUAUCCACUCCUCGCCCCGAUGUUGACUAAUACUCAAUGUUUCGUCCUCCUCACAGGUUGCCACGUGAUCGUCGGUUUCUACUGUUACAGCUGUUCCUCCUCUAUCCUCCUGCCUCUAGGUUAUUAGGUUCCUGCAAGUUCUUUGGGAACUGAUCAACACUUCAAGCCAAAGAUGGCGGUGAUGAAUAGCCUGAGAGCCAUCCUUCAAGCUUCUCCAUGCAGAUUGCUGUGGAGAAGGUUCCAGAUUCCGAGGCCCAUGCCAGCGAGGCCCUGCAGCCUCUACACCUGCACUUACAAAACGCGGAACCGAACCCAAAGUGAAACCCAAGGAGGUUAAGUCACACAACUAGCAACUGGAGAACCGGAUCGAAAAUCUGGGGACCACACUGUUCACAGGCCUCUGAGCUCCUGCAGGCUCCACGAGUGCAGGCCUCCCGCCAGCUCCCUACUUUGGCCCACUCUGGAGGCUGAGUGUUUUAAGGGGGCCCAGGAUUUGACAUAAUCAGCUACACAAACAUCAUAAAGAGCUACAAAAAUGGGUGGAUGCUGUGCCCCCAAUUCAGGACGCCCGUGUGGAAUUUGGGUCAUUCGACCCUUCCUGCCUGAUGCCAAGCUGCCCGGAUUACUGGACUUACUCAGGAUCCCUGACCACGCCGCCUCUCUCCGAGUCCGUCACCUGGAUCAUUAAGAAGCAGCCCGUCGAGGUCGAUCAUGAUCAGACGUCAAAGCGCUCCUAGGCCCCUCUGCCCGGAGCUCCGUGCUGGCACAGCAGGAAGCUGGAGGUUCCCCUCGCCUCAAGAGCAGGGGGCAUCUGGUGAGGUGCCGGUGGGCGUGGGGCGCUGGCCUGGCGCGUGUACAACCCGGUGCCCGGACAGUUCCAGUGCGCAGUCGCCCCUCCUCCUGACCUUGCGCACAGACGCCCCACGCGCUGUCCUUGUACCUGGAAGCCCCACCUGCUGACCUUGCGCGCAGACGCUACACGCUGUCCUUGCGCCCAAACGACCCACGCGCUGUCCUUGCAUCCGGACGCCCCGCGCGCUGUCCUUGCAUCCGGACGCCCCGCGCGCUGUCCUUGCGCCGGAAUAGCAACGGUAAGCCUACCCCUGCACCCUUCGCGUCCGCACACAGCAGGACCGUCUGGGAGCCGAGUCCCCCUCGAAGGUCCCGCUCCUGCCGCACCGCGAUCAUGGGCAGCUACCUGAGCAGAGGCAAGGCCACGCUGCCGCCCUCCGCUGGGGCGCGCCAGUCCCCACCGCCCAGGCCCGCCGGCCAGCAGCGGGACUGCGAUCAGUGCCGAGACAUUCACGUCCACCUGAAAUGCAAGGUCUGCAACCAGCCCCUGCCCACCACGCCGCCCAGCCAGAACUACACCCGGUGCCGCAGGGCGAUGGUGCCCGAGGCUUGGAGGCGCUUUCCCAGCAGGCCGCCUCUCUGGUCCUUCACGGGGCCCGAUUUUUCCAGCAACGAGAAGGCUUUCAUGAGGCAGUGGCUCCGGAAUGCCCGCAACCCCCAGCGUAUCCGCAGCCCGGUGAUCGUGACGAUCGCCCCUCCCGAGCGCAAAGGGAGCCUCUACAGGUGUGCACCCGUCCAGGAGCUCCCAGACCCCUGUGCCAGGGAGACCGUGCUGAAGGCCCUCAGCCAGUGCAAGAAAGGAAGGAAGAAGUUCGACGGGCCACUCUGGUUCGAGAUCCCCGGCGCCACGAGCAGAGACCUGAGCCCGGAGCGCAGGCCGUCUGCCUUCAAGCCCGUGCGGAAAAACGGAGAGACCCUUCCCUUUGUGCCCAGGCCUGGGCCUCUGAGAAGAGUGUCUGAGAGGACACCGACCUGCGAACUGACUGCCACCCUCCCUGAGCCGCCCCCGUCUGCCGCUCAACCUGCUGAAAGGACACCACCAGCGCAGGCCACAGUCACAGCCUUGGCUGGGGAGCUGAGAGCAGAUCAGCACUCGGCGGGCCCUGAUGUCCCCCCGGUGUCCUAAGAGUCAAGGCCCCGCCACCACCACCUUCUGAGACUCAAACCCACAGUCCUUUUGCCGUAGGGAGCACUGCUCUAUCCUGGCAUGAGUCGCUGACACCACCAGGUCACCUCCCACCACUCCAGCUGGCAGGUCUGUUAAACCCGGGACCCCCUCCUCUUAGCCUGCAGAGCCCACUGCAGACACUGGGCUGAGAGCGAACUCUGCCUGCCUUCCGCCCACCCACCCUGCCUUUUCCCCAGGAGCACACUGAUCAUGAAGUGCCUCACCCCUCACCCCCCAGCCCAGUUUGUAUAGUUCAAAGUUGGUUCGUAUUUUAAAUAAUAAAGGCAGCGUUAUUAUUGUG